AUGGGUGAUCACGACAAUAUGGAUGACCUCACUGCUGCAUUGGCACUCAUUCAACAACAAAUGCAGACUCAGCAACAACAGAUGUUGCAGAUGCAGCAUACCAUCCAAAAUCAGCAACAAGCUGCUCAGGAACAAGCUGCCGUGAAUGCCGCGCGAGAAGAGCGUGGUGCUCUUAUUGGUGAGCGAAACCUUCCGCGGAACUUCGCUACUAACCGCUCCCCCAUCAACCCUCCACCCUGUUCUCGACAAGAUUAUGAGAACAAACCUGCACUGAUAGGUCUGGUACAGAAGAGCACGUUCAGCAGCCUCACUUCAGACAUUCCAAUGGACCACAUAGAGGCUUUUGUGAGGAUCUGCAAAUUCUCUCGCUCUAAUGGAGUGCCACCAGAUUAUGUGAAAUGCACGUUGUUCCCAUUCUCUCUUGAAGGGAAAGCUUCUCGCUGGUUGCAAUCUCUCCCAACCGGUUCUCUCACCUCAUGGGACCAGGAAAGGUAUAAGGAAUACCAGAGAGAGUGCCCACACCAUGGGUUUGAUGAUGAUUACAUAUUGGAGGUGUUCUACGAUGGAGUGAGUUAUGAGUUCCGAAACACCCUUGACUCUUCUAGUAAUGGAGACUUCAUGACUCAAACCACACCUGGUGCGUUUGCGUUGAUUGAGAACAUGGCAUCAAGUUCACUGAACAAGAACAAGGAGCAUGACCGCUCGAAGAGUGUGAACAGCAUAGAUGAUCUCACUGCGAAGCAAGAUAAACCAACUGAUCCUGCACAGAGUAACCAAGGUCAGUAUGCCGGGUAUCAAAAGAACUACCAACCCCGGGCUUAUGUUCUAAGCCAACCGCAGAACAACACACCCCAGAUGCAGAAACACCAUAACCCUCAACCAGCUACCUUUGCUCCUAUCGUUGCUCCGCAAGAUGAGACAAAGGUCAUGUUGCAGCAUCUGCUCCAAGGACAACAACUCCAAGGGAAAGCUCUGAACCAGGUUACUACCGAGAUCAAUACCAGAAUGAACCAUAUGUUAGGAGAUUUGAGAACCAAGUACGAUAAUGUCGCGAGCCAUAUGAGACAAAUGGACAUUCAGAUAGCUCAGACUGCUGAGAGCGUCAAGAGGCAGCAAGGUACUCUACCUGGUAAAACAGACAAAAAUCCUAAGGAGUGCAAUGCAGUUCAACUGAGGAGCGGAAAGCAACUUUCCGAGCCGGACAAGAGGAGGUUCACCACGGCUGAGAAAGGGAAGCAGAAUGAGUCGGAACAACUACCAGCCGAUACCCCGGCAGUUGAGAGGAAUACGGACCCAGCAGUUGGAACAAGUUCGCCAGGGCCAGAACAACCAGCUGAAGCUGUUCGCCCGAUCCCAGAGGUUGUUCCUCCUCGCGAAUACAUUCCUAAAGUUCCUAACCCUAUUCCAGCAAAGACCACUCGUAAGGACAGAGAGGAGAUGAAGUGCAGGAAGAUGCUGGAGGACCUAACCGUCCGACUCCCCUUGAUGGAUGCGAUCCAGAUGAUGCCCUCCAUGCGCAGCUUUAUGAAGGGAUUGAUCUCAGGAAAAAUAUCAGAGGAGAGCAAAUUCAUGACAGUUUCCAAGGAGUGCAUCGCAGUGCUUCAGAACAGGCAGAUAAAGAAGCGAGGAGACCCCGCACGACGUCUAGGAUACACGCAUUUCAAACCAACUAAGAUGUCCUUAGUAUUCGCGGAUAGAUCAGUCAAAUCCCCAGUUGGUAUACUAGAGGAUCACCAAGUAAAAGUCGGAAACACCUCUGUUCCAGCAGACUUCGUUGUUCUGGAGCUGGAAGAAGAGUCUAAGGAUCCUCUCCCUCUCAUCUUGGGAAGACCAUUCCUAUGUACUGUUGGAGCCAUCAUUGAUGUGCGACAAGGGAAGAUUGAUCUGAAUCUUGGGGACGUAGUCAUGCAAUUCGAGAUGGAUGAACUACUAUAA